AUUAUUUCUCCUCGUUCGAAUCGCACGAGACCAGCCGCUAGGCGCUGAUUUCAGUAUUUCUCAACAGAUUUUCAGUAGCACUACCACCAGCAAAGCUCGAGCGAGUCAAUUUACCGAAACCCUGACUACAGAUUUAGGCGAUAAAGGACUCAUCUGCUGAAUCCGUUUCUUUCCAGAUUAGUCCCGCUCUUGUGUUGCAAACAGCGCCUCCUUUUUCCUGCUGCCCGCCACCAUGUCCACGUGUCCUGAUUGGAUGGAUCUGUCUGUGGAUGACCGCAACAGGAAGCUGAUGCGCCCUCCGCCUGCAAUCAACGACGAAAGCAUAAUGGAAGUGGCAAAGCAGGAGGAGCAGCAAGGUGGAUCCCUGGAUCCCUCCUCACUGUCUCAAGACGUGAAGCACCAUGGGGACACAGCCGCUGCUGAGCGCUUGCACCUGGGACUGCCGCAUCACCAACCUAGCAGCGGUGGUAACACAAGAGGACACACAGUCUUCACCACUGAGCAGGAGCUUUCAGGGAAAGCUCCAUUUGAAGCAUCCUCGUUUCAAGCACCUCCUGUAGAAGCCCCCAUACCAUGGAGGCCAGAGCAGGGGUCUACUACAGCAGCAGUGGCAGCAGAGCAGCAGCAGGCCAGGCAACAGCUGACACAGGGAGUUCACGCCUGGAGAGGUGGGGGGGCGAGUAAGCCCUGCAUCGCAUCGCCCACUAACACCUGGAGAGGCAGCAGGGCUGGCAGCAGCAGGCAACAGGUGGAAGCAGCAGUGGCGCCACCACUAGCGGCAGCGGGAGCAAGUUCAAGUUUUGGAGCAGCACCAGCAGGAGCAGCGGCAAGUGCGAGGUUUGGAGCACCACCAGCAGCAGCACCAGGAUGGCUGACUCGAGCAAACAGCGCUCCCAACAUCCACACUUCACAGCGAACACUCGUUCCCAGGGACUUCUCCGGGGCGUUUGAGAAGCGUCCCCCUGCCACCCCACCCCUUCCUGCCACGCCGCCUCCCUCCCCUGCUGACGUGGGCGAUCUGGUGGCAGCUGCACCGUCGAGCGUGCUGGCGAUGCAAGGGGGAAGAACUGGUGACGUGGCAGGAGAGGAAAGGGGUGACGUGGCAAGGCUGAGGGCGGUGGCAGACGACCUUAUCCGAAAAGGGGUGAGUGAAGCAGAGGCAAUAGAGGCUGCAGCGGUAUUGGAAGAGACGGAAGGGGGAGAGGGAGAAAUGGCAUGGACCAAGGCUGUGGAAGGAGCAUUGGAAGAAGCACCACCAGCAGCUUUGGCAGGAGCACCAGCAGAAGCAUCAGCGGCAAUAGUAGCAGAAGAGCUGCCAGAAGAACCUGAAGCAUCACCUGAGGCUGGAACCCCACCUGGUUUGUGGCAGCUUCCACAUGAGGAGACUGGAGCAACAGCAGAAUCGGCAGCACUACUGGAAGCAGCACCUUCAUUGGAGUCCUUGCCUUCACCACCAUCUCCCAGUGCUGCUGACCUCCCUCUCUCACCCAUCGUGGCACCUCCUGUUGAGUCACAUGCUCUCCAGUCAACAGAGGAGACGGCAGAGGCAGCUGUGGCAACCCCUUCCCUCCCACCCAAGCCUACUGAGCCACCUGUUGCUGCUGCAUUUGCUGCUCCUGGUGUGUCCCCAGAAACCAAACCGUCGCCUACCCAGCACUUACAGAUUGAAGGAGCCCCUUCCGAGCCUAAGGCUGAACCAAUCGUUUCCGAACCUCUGGCCCAACCUACUCCUACCGAGCCUCUUGCCCAUCCCAUCCCCUCCAAGCCUCUGGCUGUACCCAUUCCUUCCGAGCCAACUGCUGCUCAAGAGCCAGCGGGGAAUGUGGUAACAGAACCACUGCUCUCAUCAGCUGCUGCUGCUGCUGCUGCUUCAGCCAAGUCACCUGUUGCGGUUACUGCUAAGCCUACAGGGCCGCUUGCUGCUGACAGUGAACGGGACGCAGAGAGACAUAGGCUUACUGCGGCUCUGGCAAUCGUGGCGCUGACAGCAGCAACUGCUAUAAUUGGAGCGAGAACUAUAGCAGGAGAAGAAGCCGCAGCGAGGGUUGUAGCUGCUGAUGCUGCUGCUUCUACUGCUGAUGCAGCUGGUGCUGGUGAAUGCAUCUCAACGGUGCAUGCUAUUAUGGCUGUAGCUGGUGCUCAUGCCGCUAUGGGAAGCUUGAGGGGGGGAGCGAGCUCUGCAAGUGAGUGGAGCAGCCAAUCGCAGGAGGGAUCGCCAACUGUUGCGAGAAUGAAGGAGCUGAGGGAGGUGGAAGAGAUAAUGGGAGAGGGGAGAGUGGGGGGGGAGGAGAUGCCGAGAGAGGGGAGCACCGGGAGAGAGAGGAAAGAGGAGAAAUUAGGGAGAUCGGAGGAGGGGAACGAAGUAUUGGAGAUUGAGGAAAGGGAGGGAGGAGUAAUGGGAGGGGAAGGGAUGGAGGGAGCGUUUGGGAGGGAAGCUCGAAAGAAAGCACGGGAGCAGGGAGCAGGUGGUGCGUGUGCUGAUGAGGCGUUGGUUGGAGAGGAAGGGGGUUUCGGAAGGGGCAAAGGGACGGAGGGGAAGAGCGUGCUCGGGGCGAUUGUGGAAGGAGAGGAGGGGGAGGAGGGAGGGAGGGAGGAAGAGGCGGAUGAAGGUGAAACGCCCCUCGGAUCGAGUGCACUGAAGAGAGAGGAGGAUGUAUCUGCAGAGGAGGAAAUGGAAGCAUCAGAGGGAGCAGAGGGAGAAGAGGGAGCAGAAGACGCAGCUGCACUGCACGCUGCAACAGAGGGAGCCGAGGAGGCAGGGGUCAAAUCACCAAUCGCUUCAGUGGUAACAGCCAUAUUGCCGUCACCAGUGCUGCAUAUGAUGCGGCUGGAGAGAGGGGGCGAGAAGGCGAGCCCGGAGGGUGUGGGAGAGAGUGGGACGGGGGAGGGGGAAGUAGGGGAGGAAAAGAUGGAGCUGCUGGUGGAGCGAAAAGAGGAGGAGGAAGAGGAGGAAGAGGAGGAAGAGGAGGAAGAGGAGGAAGAGGAGGAAGAGGAGGAGGAGGAAGAGGAGGAAGAGCAGCAGCAGGAGCAGGCGAUGAUUGGUGUCAGAGGCAUUGCUGAGGAGGGAGUGGAGGCAGGAGGGGAGGAAGAGAAGCCACCUUCGACUAUGACUGCACUUACAGCCGCUGUGCUCCCUUCCUGGCUCUCCCCCGCCACAGGGACUGAGGAAGGAGCUGCGGAGGGGAGAGGUGGUGAGGAGGAGGAGAAGGAGCCGCCGCAGCAGCAGCAGGAGCAGGAGCAGGAAGAGCAGCAGCCGGAGCAGGCGAUCAUUGGUGUCAGAGGCAUUGCUGAGGAGGGAGUGGAGGCAGGAGGAGAGGAAGAGAAGCCGCCUUCGACUAUGACUGCACUUACAGCCGCUGUGCUCCCUUCCUGGCUCUCCCCCGCCACAGGGACUGAGGAAGGAGCUGCGGAGGGGAGAGGUGGUGGUGAGGAGAAGGAGCCGCCGCGGCAGCAGCAGGAGCAGGAGAAGGAGCAGGAGCAGGAAGAGCAGCAGCAGGAGCAGGCGAUGAUUGAUGUCAGAGGCAUCGCUGAGGAAGGAGUGGAGGCAGGAGGAGAGGAAGAGAAGCCGCCUUCGACUAUGACUGCACUUACAGCCGCUGUGCUCCCUUCCUGGCUCUCCCCCGCCACAGGGACUGAGGAAGGAGCUGCGGAGGGGAGAGGUGGUGAGGAGGAGGAGAAGGAGCCGCCGAAGCAGCAGCAGGAGCAGGAGCAGGAGCAGGAGCAGGAAGAGCAGCAGCAGGAGCAGGCGAUGAUUGGUGUCAGAGGCAUCGCUGAGGAACGAGUGGAGGCAGGAGGGGAGGAAGUAAAGCAGCCUUCGAGCAUGUCUGUCCUUGCUGCUGCUGUGCUCCCUUCCUGGCUCUCCCCUGCCACAGGGGCAGAGGAAGGCGCUGGAGCUGUGACCGAGGAGGAAGAAGGUAGUCAGGAGGAGGAGGAGGGGGAGCAGCAGCAACAGCAAGAAUGGCAGGAGGAAGGGAAGGAGAUUGGUCCCAGUGGUAUGAUUCAGGAGGAAGCAGAGGGAGAAGGAGAGGGAGAGAAGAAGCCUUCAACAAUGGCUGCCCUUGCAGCCGCUGUGCUUCCUGCCUGGCUCUCGCCUGCCAGGAGGACAGAGGCAGGGGCUGGAGCAUGGAACGAAGAAGGGGAGAUAGAGCAGCAGCAGCAGCAGCAGCAGGAGGAGGAGGAGGAGGAGGAAGGGCAAGGGGAACAGCAGCAGGAAGUUGGGAAUACUAAGGGCCUCACAAAUCAAGGAGGGGCAGGGGAGGAGGGAGAGGAAGAAGUGCUUGAAGGGACCGGUGAAGAGUGGUCGCGUAUGGUGUCCCAGGAACCGGUUGAGCGUGUGAACAAGGGAUUGUAUGCGAGGCUGCUUGAAAGUGUGAUGCCUGGAGUGGACUGGGGCGACAUGCCAGCAGCAGUGCAACCAGGUGACAUGCCAGCAGUGGUACCAAGUGACAUGCCAGCAGCAGCGCAACCAAGUGACAUUCCGGCAGCAGUGCAAGCAAGCGGCAUACCAGCAGCAGUGCAAGCAAGCGGCAUUCCAGCACCAGAAUCGACUGACACCUACAAGGAGGCACCUGCUGCUGAAGGAGAGGAGAAGAAGCAGCCUUCCACCCUUGCUGCUAUGGCAGCAGCUGUGCUCCCUCCCUGGCUCUCCCAUGCAGUUGGUGCAGAGGGAGGAGGAGUGCCUGAGGAUGAGGAGGAGGAGGAGUUGGAGGAGGAAGAGGAGGAAGAAGAGGAGGAAAGCGAGGAGGAGGAGGAGGAGGGGGGGGAAGAGGAGGAAGGGCCGCAGGAGCAAGAGGAGGAGGAGGACGAUGAGGACAGAGACGAGCAGCAGCAGGAGGCGUGGAUGAUGGAGGGUGCGGUACCACGCGGAGAGAUAGAGGCUGCAAUAGCUGAGGAGAUAGCUGAAGAGACAGGCGAAGAAGAGGCAGUACUGAUGGCCCAUGACAUGGCUGAACAUGCCAUGCGAACCAUGCAUACAGAACAGCAGAGAAUGGUGUUUGCAGGGGGGUCAAGUGACAUUGCUGCCACGGAACCGAGUGCUACUCACAAGGAGACCCGUGGGGAAGGGGAGACCCUUGGGGAAAGGUCAGGCGAAACCUCUCAGGUGGCACCAGGGUUGAUCCCUGAAAAGACAUCGUCUCAACUGCCAGGAGAAGGUACGACCGGGACAGGAGGGGGUUGGUUUGGAUGGGGCCGCUGCAGCAGAUCGGAGGAGGGAGGAGGGGAUGUGACUAAACCGGGGAGAGAAGGGUGGGAUGUGGGCGAACCGGGUCAAGGUGGGUCGGAUGUGACUAAUUCAGGGAGAGGGGAGCGGGAUGUGAUUGAAUUGGGGGAGGAGCUGGAGGAGCCAAUGAGCGUGGAGGAGAGUGCAUGGCUGGUGGAAGUAGCAAGGGGGGAGCUGAGAGGGGCACGGGAAGACAUGGGCAAAGCACUGGAGAGGCAGAUGCGGAUGCUGGCUGCAUAAAAAAAUACUUGGAUGCACGAAGGCCUGGCUUGGCUGCACGAAGGCCUGGCUUAGCUGCACUGCACGAAGGCCUGGCUUGGCUGCAUAAACGCUAGGCUACAUGGUGGUACACCCUAAAGUUGGGAGGAGCUGGGAGGAGCAAGGAAGACAGACCCAGAUCAUUGGAGGGGCAGAUGGCUAUGCUGGAGGUGAGUGAGGGUUUGGAAUGAUGAAUGAUGAGAGGGUUGGGCGAGGAGCUGAGAGGGGCCAAGGAAGACAUGGCAAGGGCAGUGGAGAGACAGAUGGCUGUGAUGGAGGUGUGAGAAUUAGGAAUGAUGAAUAGUCAGCAGAGUUACCAGGCGAAGGACUGAGAGUGGCCAAGAAAGACGUUGCAAGGGUAGCGGGUAGGCGGGUGGAAACGCUGGCAGUGUGGAUGACUGGAAGGAUGGAUAGUGAUGUGACUGGGAUUGAUGGUUGAUACUUGGUGAGGGAUAUGGGGCUGAAUCAAUCUGAGUAGAAGGAGAGAUGAUGUGGAAGGGGUGCACAAUCUGAUGGUGUGUGAGGAUAUGGUGGAGUAGUGAGCAAGCUAAAUGCCCAAGGGGGGGAUAUGGG